UUUUUUUGGGGGGGGGGGGUGUGCGGCGCGCUUUCACGGGCUUCGCUGCCAGCAUACAGCCAUAGACAAUCUCCCGCUCCGCCUUAUCCACAAACUCGUCUUUCGAUCACAUGGUGGCCACCGUCAUCGACGGCAAAGCCGUCGCCCAAGCCAUCCGAUCUGAAAUUUCCGGCGAAGUUCGCCUUCUCUCUCAAAAAUAUGGCCAGGUCCCGGGACUGGCGGUAGUGAUUGUAGGGAACAGAAAGGAUUCACAAAGCUAUGUGAGUAUGAAGAGAAAGGCUUGUGCUGAAGUAGGAAUCAAGUCCUUUGAUGUGGAUCUUCCUGAGCAAGUAUCCGAGGCUGAUCUAGUCAAACAAGUCCAUGAGUUAAACGUCAAUCCUGAUAUACAUGGUAUAUUGGUUCAACUUCCAUUACCAAGACAUAUAAAUGAAGAGAAAGUUUUGACUGAAAUCAGCCUUGAGAAGGAUGUAGAUGGCUUUCAUCCUUUGAACAUUGGCAAACUUUCCAUGAAAGGCAGAGAACCACUAUUUGUCCCUUGCACUCCCAAGGGAUGUCUUGAACUUCUCCACCGAAGUGGUGUGAGUAUAAAGGGCAAGAAGGCAGUUGUGGUUGGUCGAAGUAACAUAGUUGGAUUGCCAGUUUCAAUGCUUCUUCUUAAAGAAGAUGCUACAGUUACCAUUGUUCAUUCACGCACAAGUGAACCAGAAAGAAUCAUCCGCGAAGCAGAUAUUGUAAUUGCAGCUGCUGGACAACCAAUGAUGGUCAAGGGCAGUUGGAUCAAACCUGGAGCUGCAGUCAUAGAUGUUGGCACAAAUGCUGUUGAUGACCCAACUAAGAAGUCAGGUUAUCGGCUUGUCGGAGAUGUAGAUUUUGAGGAAGCAUCUAAAGUAGCUGGAUGGAUUACUCCUGUUCCUGGUGGUGUGGGUCCAAUGACAGUCACAAUGUUGCUCCAAAAUACCUUGGAGGGAGCCAAACGCAAACUUGAGCAGAGUAAUUGACAUAACAACUGAUCAGAACCUUUAAUUUGAGAAGUUUUCCCCUUAUCAGCUGAUAGUCAUGUGAGAUUACUUAUGUUUUUAUGAAUUAUGAGUCCUUGAAUUUUGUUUAAGCAAAACAAUAUCCUGAGUCUUUCAUGCCCCCCUCAAAUUAGGUAGUAGGUAGUGAACUGCACUAUUCAUAACUGAUGAAUAGUGUUGUUUCAUAUGGAUUAUAUAUGCCAUAUAGAUGUAUAAAAUUUUUUCUUUUGGCAUUU